UUUCUUUUUAACGAGUGACGAAAACGAGUCUUUUUUUGUUCAAAGGCUGAACAGUGGAGUGAAGUAUUGAUAUAUCGAUAUGGCGACUGCUAUAGGCUGAGGUUCUGUGCUCCGUUCCCACUUUCUUCGCCGCUGCUACUACCGUCACCAUUCUCACCCUUCUCUCUCCAGAUGAGCAGGACUGACCGUUUGAAGGAGAGGGACAGAAAAAGUAAUAGGCUUUCUGUGGAUAAUUAUGAAGAUAGUACAGCCCACACAAGACCUGGUUUUGAAAAGGCUAUGCAUAGAAGAAGAAAUAAAGAAGUGCCUGAAAAUGUAAAAGACCCUGCCAAGGAAGUGAGGAAUAUUUCACCUGAAGGUUCUUUAGGGAAAAUUGCUGAUCAUUUUGAGUCUCCAACAAUCCAUAAACAUCAUAAGCUUCCAUCCUUUAGCAUGGAGAAACAUGCUUCAGAGGAAGUAGUGAAUGUAAGUUCUAGAAAGAAGAUUAAGAGCACCAUUGUAAAGGAAGAUGAUUUAACUGAAGGGAGAGAUAGAGCAAGCAAUAAUUUAGAAGCCAAAUCAAGUGCUGGUUUAAGUAAUAAAGGCCGGAUAACUGAAGAAAAGACUGGAAAGGAGAGGCGUGGUUGGAAAAAAAAAGAACAAAUGAGUAAAAUUUCUGAAAAUAAAGCCGGGACUAAACAUUCUAGAGAUUCAGUUAACAAGGAUAGUUAUGCAGAAAAAGAUAGAUCAAAAUCUGAAAGGAAAAUAAAGAAAAAGAACCACAUUGAAGGGGAAGAUAAUCGUAAUGAGUAUCAUACAGAAAGGAAGCAUGACAGAGAUAGACAUGAUGGGGAGAAAACAAAAAAGUGGUUAAGCAAUGAUUUUGAAGAAGUACCUGAAAAGAAGCAACAUAGAGACUCAGAAAAACAUAUUCAUGUAGAGGGUAGAGCAAAAAAUGAAAGAGAAAUCAACAGGGAAACAAGAGCGAAUUAUGAAAGAGAAAUCAAGAGAAAAUAUCGAAGUGGAGAUGAUGUAAAUCAGGACAAGAAUGCAUUAAGGAAACAAGAUAUUGCAAAGCAUCAUAAGCCACACAUUGAUGAAAGGAAGAACAGGCAGGAAAAGGUGAAGUCACAUUAUGAAGAAUCAACCAUGAAGAGGAGACGGUCAAGAAGUCAGGAGCGUGAGGAUAGAAGAAGGUCUCCAAAUACUUAUCAAGAUGGAGAUCGUAAAGACUUAUCUAUGAUUUCUCUGACAGAUAUUUCUAGAAAAAAGCAUUCUGAUGAUAAAAAUAGAGUAUCAACUAAUGCUUCAAGUAGACGGUCAAGAAGUCGCGAUCGUAAGGAUAAAAGAAGGUCUCCUUCUUUUUCACCAAGGGCACACAGAAAGACUAAUCAAGAUGGAGAGCGCAGAGAUUUGUCUAUGUCUUCUCUGACAGAUAGUUCUAGAAAAAAGCAUUCUGAUGAUAAAAAUAGAGUAUCAACUAAUGGUUCAAGUAGACGGUCAAGAAGUCGGGAUUGUGAGGAUAAAAGAAGGUCUCCUUCUUUUUCACCAAUGGCACAUAGAAAGACUAAUCAAGAUGGAGAGCGCAAAGACUUGUCUAUGCCUUCUAUGACAGAUAGUUCUAGAAAAAAGCAUUCUGAUGAUAAAAAUAGAGUAUCAACUAAUGUUUCAAAUAGUCACCAUCGCGGAUAUCGACACAGUGGCUCUACUAGUGGACUUGGUGGCUAUUCACCAAGAAAGAGGAAAAGUGAAACUGAUAUUAAGACACCUUCACCUUCACCACCAUCUAAGCAUUCUCCGGAGAAGAAACGUGCUGGAUGGGAUCUUCCUCCUGUAGGGACAGAUCCUUCUCCAGCUAUUGUUUCUUCUGGUUUUCAAUUAUCAAAUAAUAGUGUGUUGUCCAGCAUGCAUGAUUUAGCUUCCGCUACUUCGCAGAAUCCAUCCAUCGUGAAGCCUCUACCAGUGUCAUAUUUUAAUGUGGUAUCAAAUGGGAAGAGUGCCACUAUUGAUUCGGUCCAACUGACACAAGCUACCCGCCCUUUGAGAAGGCUUUAUCUGGAGAAUUUACCUGGUUCAGCUUCUGAGAAAGUUGUGAUGGAUUGUUUCAAUAACCUGCUUUCUUCCAGACUAAAUCAUAUCCAACAAACUAGGCCAUGCAUCAGCUGUAUUGUGCAUAAAGAUAGGGGCCAAGCGCUUGUGGAAUUCCUUACAGCUGAGGAUGCAUCAGCUGCCCUUUCUUUUGAUGGAAGUAGACUAUUUGGCUCCAUGGUGAAAAUUAGACGUCCCAAAGACUAUGUUGAGUUUGCAACUGGUGAACCAGAGCGAUCAGUGGAAGUUGCUGUCACAAUAAGUGAUGUUGUAGUUAAUUCACCAAACAAGGUCUUUAUUGGUGGAAUUUCAAAUCACGUUUCUUCAGAUAUGCUUAUGGAGAUUGCUGGUGUGUUUGGAUCUUUGAAGGCUUACCACUUUGAGGCUAGGGUCAGCAAUGGAUGCGCUUUUGUUGAGUAUGUGGAUCACUCUGUUACUGCCAAAGCUUGUGCGGGUUUGAAUGGAAUGAAGCUGGGAGGGGAAGUAUUAACUGUUGUUCAGGCUAUGCCUGAUGCAUCACCCAUGGAAAAUGAUGGCAAACCACCAUCUUAUAGCAUUCCAGAGCAUGCAAAGCCACUGCUCAGCAAGCCAACAGAAGUACUGGAGAUUAAAAAUGUGUUCACAGUGGAGUCUAUAUUGUCUUUAUCUGACACUGGAAUCGAGGAAAUUUUGGAGGAUGUACGAUUGGAAUGUGCAAGAUUUGGGACUGUUAAAUCAGUUCAUGUAGCCAGGCAUAGCGAUGACAAGGAUGUUGCAACCAAAUCAGAAGAAAUUAAAAAGAAUGACAAGAAUGUUGCAACCAGAUCAGAAGAAGUUAAAAAGAAUGCGGGUUCUGAAGAAGCUUCUUUACUCACUCGCACUGUUACUAAUAAUGCAGAAUCUACUUCUUCUGAAGAGGCUACAUACUCUAGUUCUAUGGGAACAAGUGGAAUGGAGCUCCAUUAUGAAAAAGAUCUAGAAGAAGACAAAGAUGAUAAUGAUACAGAUGUUAAUAUUGAUAAAAAUGCUGAAGUUUUUGAUAAUACUGCAUGUGAAGAACAAGAACAUCUUGCAAGUGAUGCAACAGUUAAAGAUACUGACGAGGGUAUGCCUAGUCGUACCAUUCAAGGAUGUCCUGAUCAUCAUGAUAUAUCCUUUGAUGCUCCAGAGUUGAAUGCUAACAUGGUCAAUAACGAUAUUGAUGUUGAAAAGAUAGUGGGUGACAAUAUGGACUCAAAGAACACAGUUUGUCCAUUUCAGAAAGGCUUUUCUGAAUGUGAUACUAGUUCCGAGUUAGUUGGUCCUAAAAAGGACAUUAAGGAGGAAGAUGAAGGUGAAUAUGAUACUAACAACAUUACAUUUGAACCAGGUUCUGUUCUUGUUGAGUACGCAAGAACCGAAGCAUGCCGUUCAGCAGCUCAUUGUUUGCAUAGACGUUUCUUUGACGGCAGGAUGGUGACAGUUCAGUAUAUUGCCCUGAGUCUAUACAGAGCAAGAUUUACAAAAUGAGCAUUUCAAAGUGAGGGGUAACAUUUGGUUAUAAGAACAUAAAGAGCCAUGUGGAGUGCAAGAACUGAUUAAUUAGUCUGAUGGGUUAUAUCAGCAUGUUUCUUUGGUGUAAGAUUUGUGAGAAAGGUAUUUUUUAUAUUUUAAUUGGUCAUUUUAAUUCAGUUUCACUUUGGCAUUGGUCAUGCUAAUUGGAGAUAUUCUUUAUACAAGUUUUUUUUUGUUGUUUU